AUGAGCACGGAAGAAGCAAUUUCCGAGCGACAAAAACAACCAGAGAAACUUCAAGAGGCCCAACGAAAACUGGAUACCCAGCGCAAGUUGGAAUUUAUCACAAUGGUCAGACGAAACAUGGAGAACAGGAAGAUGAAAGAGUCUGGCAGUGGGUCCUUCCUGCCGUUCCCCAAGGAAGAAAACCCAUUUAAGAUGGGCUUUGGGCUUGAAGAGAUCAAGCUAAUAAAGCAGGAAAUGGAAAAGAUGAUCCUGAAGAUUGGUCUCAAAGAUGUCGUUAGUCUAAGAGACAAUGAUGAGAUAAUGAAGCUUCAGCAGAAGAUUGCAGAAGUGGAAGCAGAGAGACUGGCAGAGUCAGGCUUUUCUUUAUACGGAACGAACGACGAAGAGGGUCUUCAUGAAGGGACGAUGGAGGAUUACGAAGAAUACGAUGAUCUAGAACAGGACGACUACGAUAUUGGAGAAAUUCAAGGUGACCCAGAGUUUCUGUAUGACUACGGUCCCACGCAUCACAUCGAAGUAGAGCUUAGCGAUGGACCUGCUGGCGAAAGCAGAAAUAGAGACGAUGAGCCAUCGUGUGAGUUCACGUUUGAAUAUGACAGGAACGGGAAGCUCGUGCCCACAUACUGUAAUGUGGAAGAGCAGCUUCGAUUCAUGAAUUUGCAUCUGCGAGAUAAGCAGGGCCGUGUUGAAGCGCCCCAGGAGGUGGCUGAGACCGGCAAGAAGAAAAAGAAGAAGAAUAACAAAAAGAAGAAGAAACAGGAACCACAGCGUGCUAUUGACGAGAACACCGGGUGUCUCUUUUGCCAGUAUGAAGCGUUCUUUGGCGUCAAGCCCGUGCAUAUGAUGCGCUGGUACGACCAGAAGGUAAUGGCUGAAGAGAGACAUAGGCAGAAGGUUAGAGAGAAGCUCGAGAAGGCUAAGCUGAAGGCCCUCAGGCGUCAGCAGCCAGGGUACAGGGAGGAGGAACUCGCCAACGAGGAAGCAGAGGACCUGGACGGCAGCAGGACCACGGUGGUGGACCAAGGAUAA